GUUUUUCGUGCAGAAACAUUCCUGCUUGUUCCCCUCGUGAUAAAGUGAUUUCAUGCUGCACUUUACGUCCACAGGAGACGCGAGCUGGUCUUGACGUCAGGAGGAGCGCAAGCUGCGCUGCGCACAUGCAAGCCCGGCCAGCAGCCGCAUAUCCCGGAGGCGAGGAGCGCAAAUCCCGGGCACAGAUCGCCAUUUCGCUGUAGUGUGGCGACCGGUCAGCACGCAGGAUGCCGCUGGGAGAAGAAGACAGUGGAUGGAAGAAGAAGACGUCCGACAUUAAAGAACAUUAUGACUUCAAAGAAGUGCUGGGAACGGGAGCAUUCUCUGAGGUGCUUCUAGCGGAGGAGAAGAGGACCCAGAGGCUGGUGGCCAUCAAGUGCAUCCCCAAGAAAGCGCUGGAAGGCAAAGAGAACAACAUCGAGAACGAGAUCGCGGUUCUGCACAGAAUCAAGCACCCCAACAUCGUCUCGCUGGAGGACAUCUUUGAAAGUGCAUCUCAUCUCUACCUCGUCAUGCAGCUAGUAUCAGGCGGCGAACUAUUUGACAGGAUCGUGGAGAAGGGCUUCUACACGGAGAGAGACGCCAGCCAGCUCAUCCGACAGAUCUUGGACGCGGUCAAAUAUCUUCACGAUAUGGGCAUCGUGCACAGAGACCUGAAGCCGGAGAACUUGCUGUAUUACAGCAUGAAUGAAGACUCCGAGAUCAUGAUCAGUGACUUUGGUUUGUCCAAGAUCGAAGGAACCGGCAGCGUCAUGUCCACGGCAUGCGGUACUCCCGGAUAUGUGGCUCCAGAGGUGCUCGCUCAGAAGCCGUACAGCAAAGCAGUGGAUUGUUGGUCCAUUGGAGUCAUUUCUUACAUUUUAUUGUGCGGCUACCCUCCAUUUUACGACGAAAACGACGCCAAGUUGUUUGAACAGAUCCUGAAAGCCGAAUAUGAAUUUGACUCUCCUUACUGGGACGACAUCUCUGAUUCAGCCAAAGACUUCAUCUGCCACAUGAUGGAGAAAGAUCCUGAGAAGAGAUCCUCGUGUGAGCUGGCACUGCAGCAUCCAUGGAUCUGUGGUGACACAGCUUUGGACAAGAACAUCCACGAGUCCGUCAGCGCUCAAAUCAAGAAGAACUUUGCCAAAAGCAAAUGGAAGCAAGCGUUCAACGCCACAGCAGUAGUGCGUCACAUGCGCAGGUUGCAGCUGGGGACCAGCUUGGAAACGUCGAGUCAGAUCACUUCCAGCAACGCCUGCCAUGGACGUCUGCUGCCUGAAGACGACGAGGACGACUUGGAGAACGGAGAGGAAGAGAGAUUGUCUCGCUACAGCGAAGGUCGGCGUGGGAGCGCAGACGGCAGCACGGACCGAGACAGCCUGCGGAGCUGCACUUACUGCUGCAGGCCGGCCAGCCGCAUCUGAGGCGAUGUCACUAGCUUUACCAACUGUUCGGUUUCUGAACGACGACAUCAAGGCCCUCCGAGCACCAGGAGCCCCUCGGCCCAGUCUGGCUCCCCCCCGCCUCAAACCUAUCCCCCCGUUCCCCCUUCCCCUCCCCCCGCAGUCUCGGUCAGACUGGGUCGGCGUUCAUGCUGGGAAACAUCAAAUAUGAAGGAAUAUUUUUAUGGACUUUAUGGCUGUUCUGGUCCAACGAGAGGCUCCCACUGACAUCCCCCGCCGGCUCCGACGGGAUCUCAGUGCGAGCGCUCGGCGACUUCGUGACGUGCAAACCCUUUUUAUCGUGGAAGUUGGUUUCCUGUUUGCAUGACCUAAUGAAACAUGUUUACAUGAAUGAUGAUCAUAUUCACAUGAAUAUCGUUGCCGUCAUCAUAUAACACACAUGGAUAUUGUUGCUAUGAUUACGUUGUGUUUACGAUGAUGUGCCGUCAUAAUAUAUAAUGUGAAGUGACGUUGACAAAGAAAUCACAGCACAUUUCUCAUCCAUUUGUUUUGGCGCGGACAAAAGUAUCGGGACGCUUUCGUCAGCCGUCACGGAGAGACGUUUUCGUUCAACUCCUCGAUGUUUUCUUUGCGUUGUUGCUUCUCAGUGCACACAUGAGCCAUUUCAAAUGAGAAAACGUUGAAAGCCACAAACUUCUAAUAUUCUGCUUUGGAAUCUGCGUCAAAAUAAUGAUAAUACGAUCAUUUUGAUAGUGAAGUGAAUUAUAUUUAUAUAGCGCUUUUUCUCUAGUGACUCAAAGCGCUUUACAUAGUCAAACCCAAUAUCUAAUUUUUACAUUCAAACCAGUGUGGGUGGCACUGAGAGCAGGUGGGUAAAGUGUCUUGCCCAAGGACACAACGGCAGUGACUAGGAUGGCGGAAGCGGGGGUCAGACCUGCAAACUUCAAGUUGCUGGCACGGCUGCUCUACCAUCCGAGCUAUACCGCCCCUUGCUUUUCAGUGCACACAUGAGCCAUUUCAAAUGAGAAAACGUUGAAAUCCACAAACCUCUAAUAUUCUGCUUUUGAAUCUGCGUCAUGUUUUGCUUCUGAUGAAUGAAAGAAGAAACAACGUGUCAAAAUAAUGAUAUUACGAUCAUUUUGAUAUGAUAUUAAUAAUGCAGGAGAGUUGUGUGUGUGGGGGAGGGGGGCACAACAAUAUUUUAGGGGUGCAGAAAAAUCAAUUUGGUAACACUUUAGUACGGGGAACAUAUUACCUGCGUCAAGACAUGGACUAUGGCGUUGUUUUCCCGAGGUGCGAAGCGAAUGGAGUGGAAACGGCGAUGGCGUGAAGGUAAAGACAUCGUUAUUGUCACACUAAAACUAAAAACAGGAACCAACAAAAAGUGCGCACAAUGGCGGUACAAAAACUGGGCUAUAAAACAAAAGACUAGCACAAAGGCAAAGAACUAUAAACAUGAAACAAAAACUUGCACUGUGGCAUAAAUAACACAACUACUUACUGUGACCGAAACAAGGGGCAUGGAUCAAUAGCAUAGAUAGCAAGGCCGAAGAACAGAAACAGAAUGGCUUAAAUAGCAGUGACAUAAUUAUUGAAAACAGGUGAGCGAGUGCCAAAACGUGAGACAGGUGCGUGUCAGGUGAAAACUAAUGAGUAGUCAUGGUAACAAAACCAAACCAGGAUGUGCAAAACAGGAACUGAGUGUCCAAAAAACUAAACAUAACAUGACCAAAACAAAACAUGAUUUCCUGGGCGUGAAAACCUGCCUGCUUGGCACUCAGCAUCAAGGGUUGGAGUUGGGUGUUAAAUCACCAAAAAUGCUGCUCAAUUGCUCUCCUCACCUCCCAGGGGGUGAUCAAGGGUGAUGGGUCAAAUGCAGAGAAUAUUUUCGCCACACCUAGUGUGUGUGUGUGUGUGUGUGUGUGUGUGUGUGUGUGUGCGUGCGUGUGUGUGUGUGUGUGUGUGUCUAUCAUUGAUUGAUUGAUUGAAACUUUUAAUAGUAGAUUGCACAGUUCAGUACAUAUUCCAUACAAUUGACCACUAAAUGGUAACCCCCGAAUACGUUUUUCAACUUGUUUAAGUCGAGGUCCACGUAAAUCAAUUCAUGGUACUUUAACUUUUAAUAUUCUCCAUUAAUUAGUUGCUUAUGAAAGUAACAAAGACUUUAUUUGGAGUUAUUUGGACACUAGGACACCAUAUAAGGGUUAGGGGUACUAAUAAGCAAUAAAUCUGAGGUUAUUGAGGGAAGACUCUGUUAAUGGCUUACUGGUUGUAAAAUAAGGCCAUGUAGAAUAAGGCUUUAAUAAGUACUUAAUAAUGACUAAUUAAGAGCCAAUAUGUUACUAAUUUGCAUGUUAAUAAGCAACUAAUGAAUGGUGAAAAUAUGUUUCCCAUACUAAAGUGUAACCGUCAAUUCACAUCCGAAUCGUGAUUGUCAUUCUUUUCGAUUCCAAACCGAUUCAUAAAUUUGAAAAAAUUAAAUUAAGAUUUUUUUUUUUAAUAAGAACCCAUUUUUACAUACAGUAGACAUUUUUUUUUUACUUUUCUAACCUGCUUUGAAAAAGUUUAAUUAUAAUUAUUAUACCAAAUAAUACAAAAUGAGAAUCGAUUCUCAAUUGAAUCAUUACCCCAGGAAUCAGAUUGAACCGUUAGGUGCCCAAAGAUUCCCAUCCCUACCAUAUUUCACCGCUGCAGUUUCUGUGUCAAAAGGCAAAAAAAGUUGAUUAAUUAUUCUUUAUUGCCGCUAUUUUGUGGGUUUGUAUGCCAAAAAAAGGGGGUUCACUUUAACACUGCCUGCUUUUGUCCUUGUGCUUUUUCCUUGUCACUGUCAAGUAUGAACUCCUCUGACAUGACUAAUGUUGCACCUUCAAAGCCAGUGUUUUUCAACCUUUUUUGAGCCAAGGCACAUUUUUUUUUUU